AUGGAGCUAAUGCAAGUAGAUUCUCAUAUUACACCGAGUAAGGAUGAUAGCGGAUACGUGCCUGACGUUUCAGAUACGCCCAUGAGCACAGAAGUAACAAUACUAGAUCUGUCGGAUGAUGUACUUCUCUACAUAUUGAGGCUCCUCUCACCACGAGACCUUAAAGCACUUGGAUAUUCGUGCGCUCGGCUCGGUCGUCUCAUCCAGGACAGGUCCCUCUGGCGGUAUGUGGACGCAAGAAACGAGAUCUUCAGCACCGCUAGGCUUGAGUGGUACCUUACCCACACGUUGCACAAUGAAACCCAAGUGCUGCUUAUCACUGGUCACGCGAAGGACUGCAUCGGGUGCCUUGGCAUGGCCGAAUCUACGAGGAAAACUGCUGAGGAGGAGCAGAAUGGACAACAGUCAUCUGCCCCACAAAGCAAGGAAAGUGCAGGAACUAAUAUUGAUGUCCGUCAGCGACUAGCCGAAGACAAUAUAUCAGUGAUACGCGAACUGCCCCACGUGUCGCGAUGCAGACAGCCGAGGUACAAUGUUGACCAACAUUUCGUCUGCCUUCCAAGGCGGCGCGCUGGUCUCUCCUGGUGCGACGACAGCGGCAUGGGCCGCUCGGGGCCCCAGAAGUGCAUCGGGCCCCAAUUUACAGUAACACCGCAGAUAAUGAGGCAACUGAGGCACCAGUGCAAUCUCACCACUCUGUCGCUGGAAUACUGCAACGUGAAUUGCAAUGUGAUUAAUCUCAGCCAAUUUCCAAGGACCCUGAAAUCUUUGUCUCUUUGCGGCACGAGGCUUUACAAUCUUAUCGAGGACAGAUCGUUUCUUGCGAAGAUUACCCAGUUCCUGCCUCUCCUUCAGUACAUAAACCUCUCGGAAUGCGACUGGGUGGAGCCGUCGUCACUCCUGCCUUUAUCGAAACUGGAAGCGCUCACGCACCUAAUCGCCCGCGACUGCCUCAGACUGACCGAGUUCGUUGCGUACGCGUCGCUGACCGCGCGAUACGGGUUUAAAACUCUGGAGUACCUGGACUUCCGCGGGUCCCCGGUGGGUGACUCGGAGGUGUCCGCCUUCGGUUGGCUUCCUACCCUGCAGGAGCUGUGGCUGAGGGCCUUCAAGAAGCCGAACAUAGAGCGGCACGCGCACUACACGGACGACGAGUACGUGCCGCAUAUACAGCUCGAAGAGUGGGAGGUGCAGGAACCAGAGUACUACCAGUCGAAGACCUUGUCGGAGCCAAUAGCGACAGACGAAGAAUCGGACAGCGGUCAUGUCCAGUUUGACCUGAGCGAUGAGCAGCCCUCCACCUCAGGAGAUGAUUCGCACAGGAACAAAUCGGACAAGGACGAAGACAAACGCGAGCCCAAAGACAACAUGAAGCGAGACAGAGAUACCGAAGACAAGAAUGAUGAUGGGGAUGAUGAUGAUGAUUCCGGAGAUCCGAAGCGACCGAGGCGGGAUCCAGGGAUACAUGUACACAUAGAUAGGAUUAAGGCGGCGUGUCGCGCCCUCAGACCGCUAGUAGAGGAAUCGCUAUAUGCAUCCAGGAAUAUACCCGGCCCGUCCAAUAGGCACGAAGAAAGACAUACGCCGUGCUGCAAAUGCCCGGAACAUACAGUCGAGAAAACGGACAAAGCCACGGAAACUGAUAAUAUGGACGCGUUUGGAAAGUGCGGGUGCGGAAAGAAGGGAAGUGAAGACGGAGGUGCCGAAAAAUCUGACCCUGCAAAAGCUGAUGAGACUGCCAAAGAAAGCAACAAAAUGGAUGUUAACCAGGCUGAAGAGAAUAAGACUUCAGAAGAAGAUAGCGAUAAACUUUUAAAAGAAGAUAAUAGAACACCAGAAGGUGGCGAGAAAGCUUCGGAAAAUAAAGAUGAUAAAAAUAAAGCAAACGACGACGCUGACAACAGAAAUGAGAACGAACAGCAGCCGUCGAACUCGGCGUACGUCCACUUCCGUAGGAAUCAGAGACCUUUGGUGAUGAACUGUCCCAACAUGGCCCAAGGGGUGAUCAAUCAGGUGAUGGGUAAUCUGCAGCGAGUGUUCGAGAGAGCGCACCGCGACGUAUGCCCUGAACGUCCACAGCCAAGCGACAACGUGACAAAUAAAGAUGAAAAUGAAACAAAAGACAAUAAUAAAAACGAUGAAGGUACUGGUGCAAAUGCGAAGGAGAAACCGGAUGAACAGCAACCGGGGCCGUCGGCGAAUCCAGAACCGAGUAGGAACCAAGAAGAGCCCCGACCCUCGCGCCGUUUAGAACCAAACGCGCCUUUCGCCGCGCGCUACCCGAACUUGAAUCUCCUGGUGCAGAACGCGAACCGCGAGAUCCCCGAGCCUUACUUCGAGCCCCACCGCCACGAAGUCCAGUACGUGGUGGAGCCUCGUCACCACGUGUUGUACGUCAGUGUGGAAUCCCAGUCAAAUACCUUUCGCCUGCCGCGCGACUUCGAACACGAAGUUAGACACGACACGAGGCCCAUUUCGCACGUCGACCCCAGUUCCCUGGUCACCGAUUACUCCAUCCGUCGCUUCGGCAGAGCUGAUGGGGAGGACGUCAACUUUAUACACUUUGGCCCCCACGGACCUGUUCUGAUGGGAGCGGCGGGAAACAAUAGCCGACCGGAUAGGUCGAACCUUCGGGUCUUAUCAGUCAUCGGAUAUAGAAACAUCACGGAUCGCAGUCUGUCACAUUUGAUCAGCGCUGCUCCACACUUGCGCAGUCUGGAUCUCAGGGGAACGAGCGUCACUGAGAGAGGCGUUGAGAACUUUCGCAGCCUGAGGCCGGACUGCGAAGUUGUAUACGGCCCGCUAGAAGAACAGGAUAAGCAGUAG